AUGAUUAAAAAAGAAUCUCAAGCAUUCAUAACUUUAUUGAUGAAUUCCGAUGGUGGUUUGGUGAAAGCAAAUUCAAAAUCUGUUUGGUUGACUACUUUUGUUAUUAAUGAGUUGCCACGAAGAUUACGAUUUCUUCCAGAAAAUAUGAUCAUUGGUAUGAUUUCAUCAGGAGGAAUGAAACCGAAAAAAGAGGAAAUGUCUGUACUAUUAUUUGAUCUUGUAACAGAACUUCGUCGACUUGAAGAUGGUAUCUCUGUGUGUCUUAACCAUGUUAAUGGAAACAAUAUUGAACAAAUCAUCAAGAUAUUUUUACUUGCUUGUGUUAAUGAUAAACCUGCAACAUCUCUUUUAUCAAAUCAUAAAGAAUCAACCGGAUUUUUUGGCUGUUCGUAUUGUACUAUUAAAGGUAAAUUGAUUCAAGCCGGUGGAACAUCAGUUCGUUCCUUUGUUUAUGAUCCAAAGGAAAAAGUGACCUUGAGAUCAAAUAAAACAUACGAUGAAGCAAAUAGUUUUUUCGAAAACGGUAAUAAACUGAUGAAUUCUAAUCGAAAUUUUUCGAAAGAAACGAGUGCUGAGUAUCUGAAAGGAUUCAAAGGACCAUGUUUGUUUCGUCAACUAAGCCAUUUUGAUGUAUAUCGAUCUUUCUUAUGUGAUACUCUGCAUAAUCUAUAUCUUGGCAUAACGGCUAAAAUGUUAAAACUACUUUUAUCCAAACCGUCUCCUAAAGCUGGUAUUACUAAUUCAAUGAAUGUCCAUGAUCGAAUAGAUCUUAUUGCUGAAAAAUUUAAUGCAAUCUCAUAUUCAUCAACAACUUAUAGACAACCAAGAGAUAUUCGAUUAUUCAAAAAGUUUAAAGGGAAUGAGUUCAGAAUGUUUCUUCUCUUUGGUUAUUCAAUAUUUGAAAAAAUACUUAGUAAAGAACGGUACGAUCAUUUGAAAGUAUUGGCUUUUAUCGCUCAUCUAGUGGAAGGUCAAUAUUUAUCUGGUAAAACACAUGAAGAUAUUCGGUUUCUGGCUGCCUACUUUGAUGAAAAAUUCUCAACGUUAUAUAGUGUAAAGCAAAUUCUUUAUACGUUCUGCUUUAAUUCAUUCUAUACGACAUUUUCAUUCUUGUGUGCGUGA